CCGCGCUACGAGUCAGUUGGCCGACAUGAGCCGCGCGUGCCGGGGCUCUCGGGUGUUUAUUCGCUCUUAACAGCUAAUCCCGAAACGCGUACCCUCGUACAUUCGUAACGCGCGCGUGCACCGUAUACCGCCGGUGAAACGUAUACGAGGGGUGAAACUGAAACAGUUUCUCGCAGCUUUUGUACCUGUAGGGAGAGAGAUUUUUUGACGUUCAAACUCCGGGGAUCGGACUGCCGAGUUGCGAACGGCGUGAAUAGCUUCUCCGUGACGAAGGGGAUUUGGUGUGUUUUUUUUACGCGCUGCCAAGAUCAACCGCCACACAUAUGUGAACCGAAAUUGUGACGGCGAUGUAAUAAUUUCUCGCUCGAUCGACGAACGAAUACGUGUCUCCGACAAUCGUGGCGCCCGGGAAGAAAAAAAUGACGUUACCACGCGCGGUGUAACGAACUUGCAACGAUGAUAACGCCAGUGUCAGUGCAGUGGGGUUAAAGUGCCAGCCGGUUUAUGGAUAACCACGCUUCGCUGAUUGGCUGCACGAGUGCGGGCUCGACGAGUCAAGCCGACGAGUAGCCAGUGUCGUGUCGAGUGACGUCGAGUGACGGUAUUUAAGUGUGGCUCCGACCGGUCGGUACCUCCUUUUACACCGCGUGCGAGAGAUGAACGAAUGACUGAACCGCGGUGAUCCGUGAUACGCGAUGAGGCCGAAAUCUUGCUCGCUGUUCCUGUUGUUCUGCGUGCUGCUGCCCGGAGUGGUUCGUCCCUUCACAUCCGGCGAAGAAGGUGAGGAUGCCGCAGAGGAAGAAGAUUCGUAUCUUUUGGAAGAUGACGAUGUACCUUCGGCUACGAUAGCCAGCGAUACCGAGCUCAUUUCUGAAGGCGGUGGUCAUUUACCAGUUUUCCUUACGGAACCCGUCAACUCUUUCGUCGUGAAAAACAAACCCGCCACUCUACGUUGCAAAGCCGCUCACGCGCUGGAGAUCUAUUUCCGUUGUAAUAGCGAGAGAGCGAAGGACUCUCAGCAGCAGGAUUUUGUGGAUCCCCAUACGGGAACGAGGAUCGUCGACUGCGAACUCAAUGUUACGAGGGAUCACAUCGAGGAAUACUUCGGCAAGGAUAAAUUCAAAUGUGAUUGCAUCGCUUGGUCUGGAUCAGGGCAAAUCAAGAGCCAGCCGGCAACUAUCGAUGUCGCCUACUUGAAAAAACAAUUCGAAUCGCCACCAUACUCUGUCUCCGUCGAAGCAGGUCAGAGUACCGAACUUAGGUGCUUGCCUCCGGUGGGAGUGCCACCACCAAGAGUUUACUGGUUGAGAAAUAAUAUCCCCGUGGAUACCGAAUCGGACACACUUCUGGUAUCUAGUGAAGGUCAUCUUCUUAUUGGCCAAGCAAAACUUAGUCAUCAAGCGAACUACACCUGCGUCGCCGAAAAUAUUGCAGCGAAACGAUCGAGCGAGCCAGUCAGCUUAAUAGUUUACGUUAACGGUGGCUGGUCGUCCUGGUCGUCCUGGUCGGAAUGCCAUUCGCGAUGCGCGAAAGGCGGUCAGAAGAGAACGAGAACGUGCACGAAUCCAGCGCCCAUGAACGGCGGUCAGCCGUGCCUCGGUCCCUCUCAGCAAAAGAUGGAUUGCAACUCGGGCUGCUCCGCCGGGGCUUUGGAAGAAUUCACUAACACCCUGGCCGUAGACGGACAAUGGUCCAGAUGGUCGGCAUGGUCGGUGUGUGGGAACGACUGCACGCACACCAGGAGAAGAUUGUGCGACGAUCCGCCACCCAGCCACGGUGGACGGUCGUGCCAAGGCAGAGACAUCAACGUGGCGAAUUGCACCGGUGGCAUGUGCAACGUCGGCAACACGAAGGUGGGCGGCGCUCAUUUAACCGAGGAAGCGAAUCGUCAGAUGGAUGUUGCCUUAUAUGUCGGUCUAACGGUCGCCUGUGUGGUAAUUGGUGGCUUGGCGAUCUUUCUGGCGAGACUUUUGCGACGAAAAGGACGUGAUCACUCCUUGUAUUCCAUGGCUCGUAAUGAAUUCCAGCCGGAGUUCUUCCCGGAUCAGGACAAGAAGCUGAGUCUGCAGCCGGACGUGACGGCGACGAGUGUGCCGGCCUGCUACGAGUAUCCUUUCGACCCGAAGCUGUCGAUGUCGAGAUCCCUCUCGGAGCACCACUACGACGUCCCGCACCUGUCGAUCGCCCCGCAACCGUCGCCGAUGUCGCCCACGCCGAGCACGUCGACUCAAGAAUCCUGCAGCGACAAGCAGAUCCAUUCCGACAGCGAGAACAGCGUCACUAGUUCCUACCCGUCCUCGGAUUCCACGUACAACGUCGCCUCGGAGAGCGUCCGAUUGCCGAAGCUGGAGACCGGAAAUGUCGCCAGAGCGGCGGUGAACACGCGCGGCGCCCUGCUGGUCCUUCCGGACUCCGGGAUCUCCAUGUCGGUGCCCGAGGGAGCAGUUCCCAAACCGCUGCGGGAGGAGCUCUAUCUGGCAGUGCUCAAUGAGGAUCGUUACAGGCCCCGAUUACCCGACGGGAUAACCCAGUUAUCGGCUGUGGUGACCUGCGGACCACCGGGCGCGUCCUUCAACAAGCCUGUGAUCCUCCAAUUCGAGCAUUGUGCCAUGUUGCAUCCGGCAACUUGGGAACUGAGCAUUUGGGCGUGUGACGGUAUUAACGUAGACGACGGUUCGUCAUCGAUCGUGCCGAAAGACCAUCAGUCAAUUACAUGGAGUAGAGUAUUGACUCUAGGCAACGAGACUAUCAAUACACCGCUAUUCACGCAGCUCGAUCACGCGGAAGCUUUCAUCGUGACCGAACAGCUCCGCGGUUACGUGUUAGCCGGACAGAGUUGCGAAAAUUCGAUCGCCACAAAGAGAUUGCGAUUGAUACUCUUCGCCAGCCAAGCCGGCCAGUGUUGCGUCAGAGUUUACGCCGUGGAGGACACGAGGGCAGCGAUGAAGGCCAUCGUCGAUCGGGAAUCGCAGAUCAGGGGCUACAUGCUGGACAAACCGCGCACGUUGCUGUUUCAAGACAACGGGGAGUCGCUCUGCGUCAGCCUCGAGGAAGUCGGGAACGAGUGGCAGAGCAAGUCGCCCACGGAACGCCAGGAAGUCCCAUUCCGGGACGUCUGGAAUCGUCAGGAGAACGCCAAGCACGUGACCUUCGGCCUGGACACGGCUUUUGGCCCGACCACCACGAAGAGCUACAAGCUGCAAGUCUCGCAAGGAAACUCCGACACGAGACAGGUCUUUAGAAUCGUUUACGACGGCGCGAAACAAUUGAUCUCUUCGGGUAGUGUCACGAGACCACUCAGGGAAGUCACCGUGGUCAGCAGCGGACAUGCCAAUAACGCCACUACAGACUCGACAACUCUGCGACCGUUCCGAUUUACGAGAUCCUUGAGGAAGCAGCUCUGCCAAUGUUUAGAUCCGCCGAACGCUCUGGGCAACGAUUGGAGAAUGUUAGCGCAGAGACUUCAAGUCGACAGGUACAUCAAUUACUUCGCGACUAAGGCUAGCCCGACCGAGCACAUUCUGGAUCUAUGGGAGGCGAGGCACCGGGAACCAACGGCGGUGACGGAUCUGUUGAAUCACCUUAGAGUAAUGGGCAGAACCGACGCCGCCACGAUUCUGGAGGCGCAGCUCGGCCCGUGGCUUUGAAUAAACAGAAAACGGAUCUUGGAAAGCGUUUUCAGCGGUGAGUGAAAGUCGAGACCGUCGUUGUACGCCCACUCACGUGGGACGGGUGAUCAGUGAAUCAGUGUGUAAUCGAACGGCGACCGAUAAACUCGAGACCGAUCGGCGAGUGAAAUGGAUUGCCGGAAUGAGUGCAAGUAACAGAGUGAUGACAAAAGGGGAGCAGGAGAACUCGUCCGUUCUCCGAACGGACUCAUCGAAACACGGCCUUAAUUGUGCGCGACAAACGCGUCGGUAUUUUGUAAAUAAACGCGAGAGUUUGUGGGAAGCCUGAGGAUUCCAAGAGAAGAUCCCAUUGGGCGCGCUAAGGAUUACGGAUCAGGAAAUGCUCGUUCGAGAGUAGAAUGGUCCGUAAGAGAAAACCGUAUAUAAUUGUGACGAAAUAAUUAGGGACUGUGCAUUUAGACGGACGUACAUGUACAUACAUACUAAAAAAAAAAAAAAAAAAUCGCGCGCAGAUGGAUAUAUCCAUUUUAGAUGGAUGUUUAUAUAUAUAAAUAUAUGUUAUAUAGAUAUAUAUAUAUAUAUACAGGACACCAAGUAAAGUUCGAUCGCGGAUCGAUCAAUAUCCGCGACACCUCGACGCGACAACGUAAUUUUUUAUCGAUUUGUUAACACAAAUGCACGCGAGCACGAGCGAGUGGUUAUUAUUUUUCAGAAAAUCGUGCCAAAAUUACCUCGGUUUCGUAAGCGUACACUUCCGUUAUUGUUACAUCAGAGUUUCGUGAAACACCGUAUGUCCUUUUUAUGCGUGACGACAAUACAGAUCGCGGUACACGAGGGGGUUGGGGCGCGUCGUGUGCGCGCUGCUCGCGAACGGAGCAACGCGCGAUCGCAUAAAACGAGUUAAUUACGACAGAGAUGAUUUAAAUCGACGAUUUAUUUGAGAGAAUUGUAUAUUUGUUACUUUCGACGAAUAAAAUAUUCUUGUAUACCUCAGAG